AUUUGCCAGCGCGCUUAUAAAGAGUUUGUUGUAGCUUUUUGGUAAUUCACAUUUGAAUUUGAAGAAAAAUUGCCACUUUCAAUUUCAUUUGCGCUCUUUAGUUCUUCAUCAGAUAUCGCUGCUGAUUAACCAGAAUCAAUUACUCAUCAGUGGGUGAGCAAUGUCGUUCGAGGUGUUGCGUCAUUUGACGUGCAUUGGGCUUGUGCUUGCCAUUCACUUGCAGUUUGUACAUAGCCAAGAAAAUGCACAGACUCGGAUACCAAAUUCUCUUGCUGAAUGUUAUGAAAAUGCGGAAAUCUAUGAAAGAGACAAUCGUCUACCAGCCACAAUUGACACACUCAUUGAAUUAAUUCGAAAGAUUGAAGAUUCUCCCGACUAUACUCAAGAUAUACGACAAGUUUCUGUGGCGCUUCUGCAUCGUUUUCGUAUGGAUGGCAUUAAACGUGCUUCACGUAAUUAUCAUCCGUCUGUUUUACCAUUUAGUCCAUCCGAAUAUCAGUUUUCCAAGCAUCGUUUGCUUUUAUCGCGUUUAAUACCAGGCAAUGCUCAAAAUUUUCCAAAUAAUACGCUAUCGGUGGUUGAACGGUGCACCUUACAUUUCCUUUUAUCAAGUUCCAUCGAGACUCAAGUGAGAGGUGAUGAGUCAACGAGAUGUGGACAACUUGCACAGUUUCGAUCAUCAAGAAUAUUUGAAUCGUAUGAGCUGUCGCGCAGAAAACGUUAUAGCUCAAUUCCGAGAAGCAAUUAUCUGUGCGAUAUUGAAAUGACUGAUGAGAAUGAUCAAGGACGCUGUCGAAGGCAAAGUUAUCGAAGACAACAUCGCAUCAAAACAACAACACAAAAAGUAUAUGAAAAUGAUGACGGCGAUGAAGGCGAUUAUGAGGAUGACUAUGGGGAACACGAAACCCCAUUCGACGAAAAACCAUCAAUCCGGGAUUUAAUUGAUGUAGCCAGUAAUGCGAUCAGCCAAUGUCCUGUGGAAAAUGGUGUUGUUAGAACUACAUGGGGCGCUGUAGCUGCUGGACCUCUGAUCGCUGGAAUCGCGGCUGGUAUGGUUCAGCAAAAUGUAGCGACAAGAGAACUGUUAUUACUUACGCGAAACUAUGCUCACCGACAUCGUCACCAGCAACAGAUUCAAUUAAGUGUAGACAACCGAUGGGCUGCAACUUUGUCUGGAGAUUUAUCUGAAGUGACUUUGCUACAAGCUCCAAUUGCAAGUCGACGUGACAUCAGUGUGGGUGCUUCAGGCGCGUGGAAUUCUACAACUGUUCCACACUGGUAUUUCUUAACACAACGUGAACGUCUUGAAAUGACUGAUGCAGAAAUUCGCGGUGGUAUAGACGGUUUGGUGUUGGGCUUACAUAUAGCUGAAUGGCGAAGACAAACUUCCCAAUUGAAGUUGAGUCAACUUUUGGAUAUGUACUAUUCAAUGCGUGGAGUUUUUUCAUCCAGUUUUCGAUCAUGCAACCGACGUGAAUUGUUCAAAAAUUAUGUCCAACGAAAUCAGUUACAAAGUCAAACGAUUGCUUUCAGCAGUGUAUUGGAUCCUGAAAUGCAACUGGAGGUUACAUUAAGUAACGAAAGUAUUAAAAGUUUCUCAACAUCAUCAACCGAAGCUUUGAUAUCCUAUGUGGAAAAAGGAUUGAAUGAUGUUGUUUGUGAUGCUUCGUCGGCAUUAAAUCCAACACCAGAGACAAAAACGGCAUCCGAUAUACACAUUUUCAUUGAUUUCAAUUGGCAAUUUGUGGAAGUUCAGCCAGCAAUCGCUGCACUUUUGACAAAUCUCGAUGUAAAUCGAUUUGGAACGCGAUUCACAUUGUAUAAUGCAAAUGACGGUUCAGCUAUAAUAAAUACAACAAAUAGCCUCACUAGCUUCUUUGAGUUGUGGAAUCAAACAAGUCAUCAAACACAACCGACCGGACUUAAUUUGGCGGCAAUUAUCAAGGAGCUUCGUUCAAUUGGCAAAACAAUACUAAAUGAAGAAAAUAGUUUAUCAAAAGCUGGUGGACGUUCAUUUGUGGCUCUGAUUGUACCUCAAUUAUCUCCGGUGAAUGAAGGCGAUAGUAAUUAUGUUGUCGAACAAUUGGUGAAUCUACGUGAAGUUCUACCAGAUUUGACAUUAUUAUUUUGGGCGGGCGGUGCGCCUGGACGCUUUGCUCGAUAUGUUGUCGAUCAACAACGAGACCUCUUUCAACUGAUGGCAUUUAGCUCUAGUGGUGGCGAUAGCAGUGCACAAAUCUAUUCGUACACCUUACCGGUUAUUCAACGAAUUCAAUCUGUGCCAAGGAAAGUAGCAAAUCCACGUUGCACAACCGAUGGAUGGACCUGGUCGCAAAAUGAUUGGGGCACCAACGCUCUCGAUCAGUAUGUGGAACCAUCCGGUGUGAAUUUCUAUCGAUUGCUUCCAAACUAUUUUUACCAGUCGGGCGGUGUUGUUCGUGUUCAAAGUAGAUAUCAAUCACAAAUCAUUGUUUGCACUUCUCGAUAUCAAGAACAUCCAAGAUUCAGCAAUUCAUCGCAGCCCAAUGAGAAUGUUGAUUGCAAACAAUUGCCAUCAAAUGACCACUACGAUUACUAUCUUUCAAAUGCGUGUGAUGGGCAUUAUUUGAUUCAAACGUGUCCACCCCUUUAUAUUUCCGUUCAGGCUGCACCGACCUCUCAAAAUAGCUACCAAUGCACCGAGGAGGGUUGCAGAUACCCAGAUGAAAUCAAAUACAGUAUUAGCCUUGAAAAUCUGGGAUGCUAUAGCAGUACAUCAAAAGUGUUAUGCAAUUUGUUCGUAAUGUUGUUCAGUAUUUCAAUUCCCAUUUUGAUUCCGAAAUUUAAAUUAUUAUUUUAAUCAAUGUCGUUUUAAGCUCAUAACCGAUUUCACAAAAGGGUCACCAUAGUUUUUACUAUACAUUUUUUAAACUAUUUUUUUAUAAAACAUUGAAAGAUGCUUUCGAAAAUGGAUUUUUACAGAAAUUCACAUUGGUGAAAUACAGAACUAAUUAUAUUUAGUAUUUUCUUUGGUUAACAAUAAAUAAGCACUGUGUGAAGUUUCAAGUUGAAGUUUCACAACAAGUUCCAUUUCUAUCGUA